GAGUCACCGGGCGUCGUCCCCCACCCCGUCGUCCGUUUUGCUCCGUCGCUCUCACCUCAGCAGCUCAGCUCAGCUCAGCUCAACCCAGCCCGGCCAUGCUUUAGCAUACCUUUUCCCGCCAUCCCUUUUUCAAAGGGAGAAGAAGAAGACGAGGAGAUGUCGAGAGAGCAAAAGAGAGACGAACUUCCAUUACAGCUCCAGCAUUGCGAUGGUGAUUGCUUUCGGUCAAUGUCUUAAGUAAUUCGAGUUGGAUCCGCUCCUACUGCAAUGUUGCAGGACAGGGAAGAGGACAGAGAAGCGGAGCUGGGAUCUGAGGAACCUGAAACCCCCGUACCCCUCACCGUCACUUCCCGGUUACUCUAUAUGUUGGGGGAUAUAACGGCAGGGUCGGCCUAUAGAUUCAAUCAGUGGCUGGAGCUAGUCCGCAAGCGUAGCAGCACGCAUUAUCGUGCCUCUGGCUUCCCUCACCGCCCUCACCACCACCACCACCUCCAUGAUACUAUGCCUUCCUCCUCAUCCUCUCCUCCCUGUGAAGCAGUUCCAGCUGCUGACCCCAGAAGCAAUAGUCUGCCCACUCCUGAGGAACAAUGUCCCGAUAUUAGCCUGUGGGAGAGGUUGGGAAAAGCUGCCCCCUUGGAUAUUGAGUCCACUUCUUUCUCCUGGAACACGCUCUCUUCCCUUCACCACACUGAACACAGUACCAGCACCGAACAUUCUGAGGAUGAAAUGAACAAAGCUCUAGAGGUGACUGUAAAUUCUGGAGGUGUUGUUUUCUUUGCGCUCUUCAGCAGUCUCCCUGCAGUUGCUAGUGCUCUCCCAAGGGAAGCAGUAGCUGUCAUAAAGAUAUCAUCAUCGAGGAUGGCCACACAAUCUGAACGCCUCGGCUAUGAGUUUGCCAAGUGGCUUGGUGUCCGAACUCCACAGGCUAGAGUGGUUCAUAAUUCUAGUGCAGAAUGGCAGCAAAUAAAAGAAGCUGCAGAGAAAGCAAGAGAGGCAGCUGUUGCGGAGGGAGAUGAAAUUGGUGAAAUAACAUGUACUGAACUUCUUGAAGCUCUCGAACUCAGUCGCUGCCUUCUUCUGAUGAGUUACGUACAUGGAUCUCCAUUAUUGGAGAGCUCAGUGGCAUUUGAGUCACGGGAAACUGCAGAGAAGACUGCUGCAGCUAUUGGCAGGAUCUUGAUGUUGGACCUUGUCAUCAGAAAUGAAGAUAGGCUACCUUGCCGUCAACUUCAUUGGCGUGGCAAUCCUGCCAAUCUUUUGUUGGCUGAGAAGAUGACCUCCGUUGGUGCUGAUGCUCUGGAGGAGGCAUUUGAUUCUGCUAUUCAGCGGUACAGACCGAGAGUUAUUAGAGCUCUUCAAAAGGAAAGGAGGGCAACUUCAGUGGACAGUCGAAUGAGCUCUCAUAAGUCUGGAUUGGUACAACAAUCAUCUGACCUCUCCGAUAUCAUGGAGUCACCAAAAUCUAGCAACUUAAGCCAACAAAGUGAUAUAUCUAGUGAGUGUGCAACAUCCGAUAUUCAUAUUGUGGCAAUUGACACUGGCGUUCCACGUCGGCCUCCUGCAGGAAAACGUGCAAAUGACCAAACAAAUUAUCCAAAAGUGGUUGAGUUGCUGCUGAACAGCGCCGAGUAUUCAAUGUACUUACUAUAUGAAAUAACAGGUGGCAAGUUGGGUUCUCCUGCAGUGAAUGACAAUGAAAGUGCCGAUGAUAUACAGGUAGCUGAUAUUACUUCUGUUGUCCAUGAGUUUCGCAGCGGAUUCCGAGCUGCUCUGAGAGACCUUCAAGGCUUCUAUAUAUUUUUACUCACGCUUCACCAAAAAUUGGACUCCCUAUUGCGGUCAUUUCUGAGCAUUGUAAAUAGAACAUAUGCUGGGGAAUUUGAAAAGGAGGAACUUGGAGCUCCAGAGUCACCUUCACAGGUUAUUAUGGGUUCUUGCCCCUCAGCACAGAGUAAGGACCGCAUUCCUAAUGAGAACCAAGUAGAUUUGAUGGAUUCAGAGUUACAAAGAACAGCUCCAAGAUCAUCCUCGGGGAAUAAGGAAAGCUCAGACUCUGGUUCUCCUCUCUCGCGAGAAAAUUGGCAUGGAAAACGAAGUGGGGAGCAACUACGUAGCUUGCGCUUGACAACAAAGCUCCGCGAUUUUCAUAAGUUUGCAAAGGUUGAUGCUGAAUCAAGUAAAGAUUUGGAGCAGUGGAAUGAGAUGCUAAAAAAUGAGGCCGUAACACUCUGUCAUGAAAAUAAUUUCAAUACAGGUUUCUUUGAGGGAAGUGAUAACAACAGUGUCGUUGAUGCGUAUGAACUGAAGGUUAGGCUUGAGCACAUUCUUGAGAGGAUAGCAUUAAUAUCGGAAGCAGCAAACACAGAGAAGCCAUCUUCAAUUACAAAUAGCCUGUUUAUUGGUGGUGCACUGGCUGCGAGAUCUGUUUUCACACUCCAAAAUUUAGGCAUAACUCACGUGUUGUGCCUAUGCUCCAAUGAAAUUGGUCAAUCGGAUUCACAAUAUCCUGAUCUUUUUAAGUACAAAAAUUUUUCAAUCAGCGAUGAUGAAGACACGAACAUCGGCAGCGUCUUUGAGGAAGCAUGUGAUUUUAUUGAUUAUGUCGAGCAGACUGGUGGGAAAGUUCUAGUUCAUUGCUUUGAAGGCAAAAGCAGGAGUGCCACGCUGGUGAUUGCAUACUUGAUGCUCCGGAAGAAUUUUACUCUACUAGAAGCGUGGAAUGCCCUCAAACGGGUGCACCGGCGGGCCCAGCCUAAUGAUGGGUUCGCAAGAAUCCUUUUGGACCUUGACAAGAAGUUGCACGGGAAGGUCUCCAUGGAAUGGCAUCAGCGGAAGCCAUCAAUGAAGGUUUGCCCCAUAUGUGGGAAGAACGCUGGGCUGAGCAGUAGCUCACUCAAGCUCCAUUUGCAGAAAGCUCACAAGAAGCUAUCGUCAGGCAGCGUGGACAGCGCAAUGACCAUGGAAAUACAGAAGGCCUUGAACGCUCUCAAAAUAAGCCGAAGUGGAAGCGUCAGCCCCACUCAGAGACGCGCGCUGAUGGACACAUGAGUAACUUAUUCACCCCCACAGACAACCUUGAGAGCUAGGUAGCUUCUUCAUGCAGUAAGUCGAUUUGACAAAUCAAACCUGGAGGGCCAGAGCUUAAAAAGGAUCGAUGGGUGGGAAUGCUGUCCUGAUGUUAGCUUUUGGGGGGAAAGAAGGAGAAAUUAUUGGCUAGUUGUAACAUAUUCAUGGCAUAAACCGCACCCGACGAAUAUGUGUAAUAACAAGUCAAAUCAUGCCGCAUUGAACAGCA